AUGACGGCCAAUAUGGCAAACCAGCUAGCAAAAGAGAAAGAAGAAGGUGCAUCCGAGUACCAACAGCAGAAAAAGGUUGUAGGUCAAUUGCUAUCAAGUGCUGAAAAUGGCGACUUGGAGCAAUUGAAAAUUACGCUUGAGUCACUGCAAAGUAUGGGCGUGACUGAUGUUAAAGAAGCACUGACGGACUUUAAAGAUGCGCAUAAACGCACAGCAUUGCACUUUGCAGCCGCAAAAGGACGUCGCAAAGUCAUACGAUUUAUCUUAGACCGUGCACCAGAGUGCAUAGAAUGCCGAGACGAAGAAGGUGCGACGCCGCUUUUGUAUGCUACAAAAGAAAAUGAAUUCGAGUCGGUCAAAUUACUUCUGGCUUAUUUUGCUGACCCGAAUACGACCAUGACGAACGGUACAACAGCCUUGCACGAAGCAGCAGCUAAUGGUUCUAUUAGGACUAUUAAACUAUUGAUCGAACAUAAAGCUCAAUUGGAAGCUACGACGAAGAAUGGUACACCAUUGCACUUUGCCGUGAGUGAAAAUCGUGAGAAGACGGUUGCUGAACUCUUGCGUCUUGGGGCUAAAGUCGACGUGACAAAUGCAGGUGGAGUGACACCAUUAAUGCUUGCGUGUCUUAUGAACAAACCCAUUGUGGUGAAGGAAUUGCUUGAAGGUGGCGCUUCGCUGUUUCUGACCAUGGAGGGGAGUUUGACGGCAUUGCACAUGGCAGCCGAAACAGGAUUUACUGAAGUAGUCAAAACAUUUUUACUCUGUCGUCCAGAAGAUACGAAAGAGGUUGCGAACCUUGUCUCGGAUGCUGGGGCAACACCAGUACAACUUGCUGCCGGGAUGGGACAUCACGAGGUUGUGACACUAUUGAAACCUUUUACGAAAGGUUUUGAAAAUGUUGAUAUUGACAACUUUAUGGCUGAAGAAAAGUUAAAGUUAGAUGCAUACUACGAAGAAGCUGCAAAGAAGAAAGAAUCUAGAAUAAAUGCUGCAGUGACUGAGCCUCAGACAGUAGAAGAACAACUAGAGGCUCAGCAUCAAAAGAAACUUGCUGAGCUGAUUAAAGAUGAAGAUAUUGCAGUUCCCGAGCGUACCGAAAACACUGAAGAGCAAAUAGCGGAAGCAACUCAGUUUAAAAAUGAAGGCAACAAAGCCUACCUGGCGAAAGAGUACGCUCUUGCUGUUGAUCUGUACUCACAAGCUAUUGCGCUCACACCUACCGACGCGGCUCUAUACAGUAAUCGUUGUGCGGCUCAUUUGGGUGCAGAUGAUGCGAAGCAGGCCCUACACGAUGUGCGAAUCUCAAAGAAACUACGUCCGGAUUGGCCCAAGGCACUGUAUCGUGAAGGUCAGUGCCUUGAAAAACUUGGACUGUACGAAGAGGCUGCUUGCGCCAUGUGGGCCGCCAUGCAACUUGCUCCAGAUGACAAGUUGCUGAAGCGCCGAUUUCAGGAUUGUGUUAAGCGCGGUCGCUCUGAUCACCAAGCCAAGCUGCAGUCGGUAGCUUGA